UAAGAGGCGGCGGAGCAGGCGGGCGACCAGCUCCUUUCGGGAGGGAGGAAGGAAAGAAGGAAGGAAGGCGAGCGGGCGAAGGGAGCGCAGAAGAGCCGCGGCUCGGGGAAGGGCGCACCUGUUGGCGAAGGAUGAUGGAUGGCAAGCGCGGCGGGGUGGAAAAAAGCCACCUGCUCAACGGGGCGGAAAGCAGGUCCUAUUUAGGAGUCUCAGAAAAGGACUUCCAUGGUUCAGUGGUUGGCUUUGUACCUGGCCUCUCUUCUCUCGAGCUGGACCUCAUAGGAAACCUGCACUGUCACUCCAGCUGGGCAGCCAGCAAUGGCAACAACGCUGAGCAAAAACGAGCUCGUCGGAAGCUUUAUCUUGCUUCCGCCAUCUGCUUGAUCUUCAUGACGGGGGAAAUUGCAGGAGGGUACUUUGCACACAGCCUGGCUAUUAUGACCGAUGCAGCCCACCUAUUGACAGAUUUUGCUAGCAUGAUGAUCAGCCUUUUCUCUCUCUGGAUGGCAUCUCGGCAGCCUACUAAAACGAUGAAUUUUGGAUGGCACAGAGCAGAGAUUUUGGGAGCCCUGCUGUCCGUUCUCUCAAUCUGGGUGGUAACUGGGGUCCUAGUUUACCUGGCGGUCCAGAGACUGAUUUCUGGUGACUACGAGAUAGAAGGAGAUGCCAUGCUGAUCACUUCCGGCUGUGCUGUGGCUGUAAACAUCGUGAUGGGCAUUAUCUUACACCAAUCGGGACACGGUCAUAGCCAUCACAGUCUCAAUGAGGGGACACACAAUACUAGUGUGCGAGCUGCAUUUAUCCACGUCGUUGGAGAUCUUAUGCAAAGCAUUGGCGUUUUGGUGGCUGCCAUCAUCAUCUACUUCAAACCAGAAUAUAAAUACGUGGAUCCUAUCUGUACCUUUGUGUUUUCCAUCCUGGUCCUUGGAACGACAUUGAACAUCCUCCGAGAUGUUAUCCGUGUGCUGAUGGAAGGAACUCCAAAAAGCGUAGAGUUCAAUGACGUGAAGACCAUCCUGCUCUCCAUAAAUGGAGUGAAAGCAAUUCAUAGCCUCCACAUCUGGGCUCUAACAGUGUCACAGCCGGUGCUGUCGGUCCAUAUCGCAAUCAAUAAAGAUGCUGAUGCCCAGAUUGUCUUGAAGGAAGCCAGCUGCCAACUGCAAAAAGCUUUUGAUUUCCACACCACAACAAUCCAGAUAGAGAAUUAUUCAGAGGACAUGAAGGAUUGCCAAAAAUGCCAGAGCCCCUCAGACUGAUCCACUGUCGCCAAGUAAGCUGGAGAUGGAUGUUCAGCCAUGUUAAAGCUGCUACCUCAAAGUAUCCUAAGUAUAACUCGACUUACUGACUCCUUGUGGAUACAUCCUCCUUCUGGAAUCAUCCAAUUGAAAGUGCAAUUCUUAGUUUGCUUGAAAUGAAGCCAAAACCCUUCUUUUCCUUCCUUCCUUCCUUCCUUCCUUCCUUCCUUCCUUCCUUCCUUCCUUCCUUCCUUUCUUACUUACUGUUUUAUAAUAACAAAAUGGCAGGAAUUUCCUCUCUAUUUAUUUAUGUAGUUAUGGUAUCUGCUUUAUGCAUCAUUCCAUAUCUGCUUACUAGACAAAACUUCCUAAAGCACCUCUCAAGUUUUAAUUUCGAUCAAUAAGCACAACCUUAUAUUCACGAUUUGUAGAGGUCUCAUUGAUGUUCUAGAACCAGAACUCGUGCCCACAAAUACAGCACCUGUCUGUAAUAUCUUAGCUUUGUCCAUCUCUUUGUGAUUUUAGGAUAAAUGCAUUUGGUUUAAGAAGUUGCAGAUGAAUCGUACCCUCAUCUGAAUGCUUCUUUUUGCCUCCCAACUGAAAGUUCCUCACAAGCCUAUUUCAUGCUCACACUGGAACUAUUGCCAUUAAUUUUUUAUAUGAUUUUUAUUGAAACUUUUGAAAAAGAAAAAAAACUAAUGUAAGGGAAAGAAGAAAAAAGGAAAGAAAAGAAAGCAAAAUGUUCAAGAAAAGAAAACAAAGUUAAGAAAACUAAAAAAAGAAAGAAAAAGAUACAAAGAAGUGGUUUCCAAUUCUCUUCAUAGCAAUUACUAUAAUUAUAUUUCAGCCUCUCUCUCUAAAGAUACUUUAUCAUGCUCUAGAUUCUAUAAUCUGUCUAAUCAUCAAAGCCAUAAAUCACGUUUGUUUUUUUAUUUUUGCGCAAAAAAUCCAUAAGAGGUUUCUAAUCACCAGUAAAUGUAAAUAGUGUCAUUUGUCUAAUAAAACAAGAUAAUUCAUAUAUUUUAGCAAGUUCUGUCAAAUUUCACCAAAAUUCCUCCAUAGUCAAGAGUGUUGAAUAUUUCUUUCUCUGUGCUUAUUAGUCUCACCUAAUAAUCAUAUAUUGAAAUAAUUCAGCUCUUGAAGUACUGAACAGAGACGUAAGACAGCCCGAGAGAAUUAUAGGAGUUAAGAUUUAAAAAGAAACAUAAAAGCUCUGGACAUUUGCAGGUGAUUUGGUGUUAAUUUUAAAAGAUCCACUAGAGGGAGUAGAAACAAUGGGAAAAAUAAAGGACUCUGGUACAUUUUUAGCAGGUUUUAAGAUUAAUAAUCAGAAGGGAAAGAUGCUAACAAAAAUAUUGAAAUUAGAAAAUCAAAUAUAACUGAUGAAGAAAACUGGUUUUAAGAUGGAGAAAAAAGUAAAAUACUUGGGAAUUACUGUGACAAAUAUGAAUUGUAUGUUAUUUCAAAAUAAUAGGACACAAAAUGCCAAUUGAAAAAUAAAUUUCACACUGUUGGGGCAAAUUUCUUGUUAAAAAUGAAUGUUUUGCCACGAACGAUG